AAGCCAGGAUGGAUGAUCACAGUCAAGCAUGGUAUCUGAGGACUGCAAAGCUGGCUCUGGCCUUGGCAAUUAUCCGCUCAAAACCAGCAGACAAAAGCAGCAGAGAAUACACAGAGCAUCUUGCAAGGAUGGUGUCUGGGCAGGAAUCGAAGUGGAGAUCAAAAGCCGAAGCCUUGGAAGCUGAAGUUCUGCAGUUACGUCAAAAACUUCUUCUGAGCAGGAUCUAUUCAGGAUCAUUUAAGAGUGGUGAAGAAAUACUGCCUACAUUAUCUGCUCAGGAACCUAGAAGUUCUGAGAACACAUCAGCUCCGCUGGAAGAUUCUGGGUGUGAUUUAUCAUGUGAGCAGAGAAGCGACCUUUCAGAGAUGCCCUGGCAUUCUGUGGAGAGCUGCACCCCCACCCCCUUCCCACCACUGCCCAUUGGGAAAAGCCAUCCUGCUGCUCCGGAAAACCCCCUGUCUUCUCACAUGCGAUUCUUGCAGCAUCUGCUUGAACUGAAGAACUUGACGGACUCGGGGAGUCUGAAAACCGACUUCAGCCACCUUGAAAAUGACUCUUCCACAGUGUCCGAUUCUGUUUUUCAGUUGUUGGAUGGCCUGAUCACUUUUUACCGAAAACCCAAACUUCCUUUUUCAAGGUUUUGGACAGAAGCUGUUGAUACUUUAGCUAGACUGAUCAGUGAUGGUAACUUAUCUAAUCAUAUUCUUAAAAAGUGUUCCAAGAAGUUGGAAGAAUUUGAGAAGACCCUGCUACAGGUUAUUUUAAGGACCAGCCAUAUAAAUCGGUUUCAGGUGCAGCAUUACGUCUCUCAGAGUCUGGUAACCCUGGGAAGAUGCAGCUUGUUGAGAAAAUCUAUAAUAUCUCUGCUUCUGUCAGAAGUAAACAGCUUCACUGACGAUCUGGGCUCCAUCAAUCAGGUGCAAGCCAGUUACGAUGCGACGCGCUAUGAAAAUGUUUUCUCCGUGUUCUGGGUCCUGGAGCAACUUCUUCAAAAGGAAACUGAAGAAGGCAACAUUUCAAGUAUAGGGCAUGAGGACCAAGAAAUCAAGAAGUUUCUUCAGAAGCAUGAUGAAACUAUUUUCCAACUCUCUGAUGCAUUUCCUCUAUUUACUUUUUAUUUAUGGAGACUAGGAAUUCUCUUGAACUCAGUAGAGGUAGAAAUUAGUGAAAAUAACUCACUUCCUUAG